AUGGUCGAUGUUAAUCGAUUAAAAGAAGAAGUGAUUGCUUCAUAUAGGGAAAUUUGCAAAGAGAAUUAUAGACUGUUGGUUUUCAUUGUUGGUCCACCAGGAUCCGGUAAAUCCACAAUUGCUGAAAAACUGAAGGAUGCAAUCAACACAUCAUAUCUUGAUUAUCUUAAGGAAAUAGACAGAAAGACUUUAAGGUGUGAAAACUAUAACCAUAUUAACAUUGAUCAAUUUGUUCAAGGUAUUGAAGGUGAAACCAUUAGUAGUGCUUUAGAAGAUGAAAGACAUGAGAACUUCGAUUCAGUGGAAAAUGUUGACUUCAUUUGUAAGAAAAAACGUCUAAAAGAUGGUUCAUAUACAAUUACUGGUAGGGGGGGUCAAUUGAAUGCCAUAAAAGUUAGACAACCCACCUCUCAAGAAAAGAAUCUUGAAGGUAACACUACAAUUGCCGAGGUUCUACCUAUGGAUGGGUUUCACUUAAGCCGAGAAUGCCUGGAUCAUUUUUCUGAUCCUCAAUGGGCUCACCUAAGAAGAGGUUCUUCUUUAACUUUUGAUAGUAAUAAUUUUCUUAAACUCUGUGAGAUCAUGGCCAAGACAAGUCGGAUAUUCCCAUCCAUAGGAUAUGAUGGGGAUGACUUCACAGCAUUUGAUGCCAUUUCAUCAUCGUUUGACUGCAGUGUUCCGUCAGUCGAAGUUCCUGGUUUUGAUCAUUCACUUAAAGAUCCACAACCUUCUCAACAUACUAUUUCUUUUAAGUCCAGAAUUGUUAUAUUUGAAGGACUCUAUUUGCUCUAUAAUAAAGAAAACUGGUCAAAAAUCUAUAAUAUAGUUAGUAACUCGAAUGCUAAAUUAUUUUAUAAGAUCCUUGCAUGUGAGGACCAAAUAGAAUCACGAGUCGCAAAAAGACACCUAAAAGCAGGUUUAGUUGCUUCGAUUGAGGAUGGGAAGGACAAGUUUAGGAAAAACGAUUUAUUGAAUGCUAGAGAUGUUGAAAAGAAUUCAAUAUCUUCAGAAGAUAUUAGACUAAUUCGUAAUGAUUAA